AAAUAAUUGUCUGUCGCUCCGCGGAUCGGCUAUGAGUGUACCGAUAAAAAAAAAAAAGAAAGAAACGAACAAGCGAAGGUUAACGAUGGCAAACAAUCCAACAAAAUGAUGGAUAAGUUUCUAUGCACCAGCAGAAGCAGAAACAAUGAAUAAUGCAAAGCGUGGCGCGCAGCCAAAUAUCUAUUGGGCGAAAAAAACAAAACAUCCAAAGCCAAGAGUGAAAAAAAAAAAAAAAACUGGAAGAAAAUAACUCAAUAUCGCAGGCCAGCGGAGUGAGCAUCUCCUUGAGCCAACAGCGUGUCCAGCGGGCGAAAACGAGUCUGAAAAAUUAAAUCGUUUGACCUUGUUAUUGCCCACGUCAUGUAUUUCCAGCGAUGCAUUCUGCUCUCUCUCUCUCUCUCUCCCUCUCGUAUCUCCGUCGUUUGUACGUGUAUGGAUAGUAAACAAUAUACCCAAACGUUGGGCAAGCUGUUACAUAAGCUUCGUUGGCCGAUGGGAAUUUUUUUUUUCUGCUUUUUUUUUCGUUCGUCGAAAAAAAGGAUAUUGUCGGUGCAGUUGCGUGUGUAUUGAUAGUCCGUAGAGUUAUAUCGUCGAGCAAUUGGUUCAGCUGCACUUUUCGAUUGAGUGAUCGCGUAGAAGGUUGCAUCAAAAAUUACGUUUCGAGAUUAAUUGCUGCUAAUAGACGAACGAUUGCAUUUUUUCUGGAUAAGUUAAUCUUCAUUUUCCGAUGCACCGAUAUUCGCCGCGCAUCCUAAUUACGCACGAUGAAAUUAUUAACGCUCGAAUUCGUACGCGACGCUAUCCGUCCUCUCGCGUUGGCGCGGAUACACUUGCCGCUCGACCUUCGUAAUCCUCUUACGAUUUCUUCCCGUCCGCGAGCAUCGCCAAACAUAUUAUCUGUCAGCGCACGCGGCAAAAACUCCCUGAAAUUCCAAUGCGAAAGCGAUAAUCCCUUCCAAGAUCCGUAUUACCCUCGGCAUCGCUCUGAAAAUCAGCGGCGUGUCGCCGAAAGGUGCAGCAGUGCAGUCGACUUAGGCGCUCGCUCGCAUAAGCAACGCGCUCAUGCACGGCGUGCGCUCGCUCGUUCCCUGUCUUGCUCAAACGAUUUUCCACCUACCGGCCCUGUCGCUAUAUACCUUGGGCGUGUGUCCGUCGCUUCCAGCGAUCCGACGCGAUCACGCGCGGCAGAAGUUCGCCGGCGCGCGCGCGUAAAAAGCCGCUGUAACAAUGGGCUGCAACGAAAGGAAAGAAGCGCACGGUUAUCGGUGGCGAGCACGUGGGCGCAGGCCGCAGGCCAGGACGAGCAGGACGACGGGAGCAGCCCGCGCGAGGCGGCGGAAGAUGUCGCGAGCUUUGCAGCGCCAGCGCGAAGCGGAGCAGGGCGCGGGCGCCGGGGCGGCGUGCGCGCGAGGGCUGCGCGCCGACCGCGGCGCUGGCUGGCCGCUCGAGCCGGGCGGCGGGCGCAGGCAGUCGAUAGCCGCGCGCAGCUGCUGCACGAGGCCGCGGCGCCUCUCCCCUUCGCCACCAGCCAGUGCCCGAGUGUGCGUGCGCGGCCCCACAUCCUGGGGGUAGCUGCGAGCCGGCGCCGCCCAGGACGCGUUCGAUCGAUCGGCCGCGGCCGCCGAGCCCGCCGCCGCGAGCCGAUGCGCUGAUCCGAGCGCGCGCGCCGCGACAGCCUUCCCGAGAUGGCCUGGGGCUACUGGAGCGCGACCUCGGUGAGCGACCGCGGGCGCUCGCCCCGCCGCGACAAGGAGCGCCACUUCCCGGCCCAGCCCGCGCCCGCGCUCAACCUGCAGCAGCAGCAGCUCAGCGAGGACCUGCAGCAGCAGCAGGAGCUGAAGCAGCAGCUGCUGGCCGGCGCGGCGGGCAGCGGCCAGGCCGGCGGCAGGCAGCCGCAGCAGGCCAGCACGGCGGGCGUGCCCGCGGGCGAGGCGGCGGCGCGCGGCCUGCCGGGCGCGCAGCCGGGCCCGCAGCCCGAGCUGAUCGCGGCCGAGGCGGACCCGCAGCCGCCGCCGCAGCUGCCGGCGGGCUCCUUCUACGGGCUGGGCCGCGAGCUGCCCGCGCCGCCGCCGCCGCCGCCGCCGCCGCCGCCGGUCGUCGCGUCGGCGGCGCGCGGCUACCAGCCGCCGGACUCGCCCCUCGAGAGCGACUACGAGCAGCCGCUCGUCUACCACCACUGCCGCCACCCGAGCAGCCUCGUGCACACGGGCCCGCCGCCGGCGCGCUCGCGGCUCUCGUCGGCGCGCUGCCACGAGGACGAGCUCGUCGUCGCCGCGGGCCUGUCGGACGCCGAGUUCGACGAGUUCUCCGGGGCCGACGUGCUCUACGCGACCACCACCAGCUCCACGCGGAUGGACCACCCGGGCGGCGGCGGCGGCGGCGGCGCGGGCUGCCUGCUGCACGGCAUCCCCGGCAGCUUCCCCACCGAACCCGCCGGCUCGUCCUACAGGUCGGCCGCCGCCGACGUGCCCAUGAUGAUGGCCGUGCCCGCUCGCCCCGGGCCCUACGGCUACAACAAGGAGCCCGAGUUCUGGCUCGACGACAUCACAUGGGUGUUCCCAACGGUACCGGCUGCGCCGGGAAUGCCAUGCCAAGGCGAGGACCGGAGUAUCUACAGACGUGGAGCACGCAGAUGGAGAAAGCUGUAUCGAGUGAACGGACAUACUUUCCAGGCCAAACGAUUCAACAGGCGAGCGUUCUGCGCCUACUGUCAAGACCGCAUAUGGGGCCUCGGCCGACAAGGCUUCAAGUGCAUCACGUGCAAGCUACUGGUGCACAAGAAGUGCCACAAAGUCGUGCGCAAGCCGUGCGCCACUCAGCAGCAGCAGUCGGCCUCGACGUUAUCCGAACAACAGCAAGCCGAGAGAAAUGGCGAGCAGAGCCAGGCCGACUCGCCGCAGUCGAGUCCACCUGGUGCCCAUCACGACGACGAAAGCGCGGAGCCCUCGGUCGCCGAGGAGCACGCUUUCCGCAACCUUUUGCGAGCGACAGGAGCAGCAGACGAUGCCGAGGGCGGCGAGUUGGCCUUGGACGACAUGCCAGGCGCAGAAGGAGCGAACGACCGCCAGUACAAUCUUAAUGACUUCGAGCUGAUUCGCGUGAUUGGUCGCGGUUCGUACGCCAAGGUGCUGAUGGUCGAGCUGAAAGCGACGAAGCGUAUUUACGCGAUGAAAGUGAUCAAGAAGGCUUUGGUGACCGAUGACGAGGACAUCGACUGGGUGCAAACGGAGAAACACGUUUUCGAGACGGCCUCCAAUCAUCCGUUCCUCGUUGGUCUGCACUCGUGCUUCCAGACGCCCUCGAGGCUGUUCUUUGUCAUCGAGUUUGUCAGGGGUGGUGACCUCAUGUUCCACAUGCAGCGACAGCGUCGACUGCCCGAGGAUCACGCCAAAUUUUACGCGGCUGAGAUCAGCUUGGCGCUCAAUUUCCUCCAUACCAAGGGAAUCAUUUAUCGCGACUUGAAAUUGGACAACGUACUGUUGGAUCACGAGGGUCACGUGAAGCUCACCGAUUACGGCAUGUGCAAGGAGGGUGUGCGCGAAGGCGACACAACGGCGACGUUCUGCGGCACUCCUAACUACAUUGCGCCGGAGAUUUUGCGAGGCGAGGACUAUGGCUUCUCCGUCGAUUGGUGGGCUCUGGGAGUUCUUCUGUACGAGAUGCUGGCUGGUCGCAGCCCAUUCGAUAUCGCCGGUGCCUCUGAGAAUCCCGAUCAGAAUACCGAGGACUAUCUGUUCCAAGUCAUUUUGCAAAAGACUAUUCGUAUUCCAAGAUCGCUGUCCGUCAAGGCAGCUUCGGUGCUCAAGCGCUUCCUCUGCAAAGAUCCCAACGAGCGUCUUGGUUGCGGUAGAAGCCCUACUGCUUUUAUUGAAAUCAUGACGCAUCCUUUCUUUAAGACUAUCGAUUGGGAAAUGCUGGAGCAGAAACAGGUCACACCGCCUUAUAAGCCGCGGCUGGACUCAGAUCGCGAUUUGGCAAACUUCCCGCCCGAAUUCACGGACGAGCCAGUACAUCUGACACCCGAUGAUCCGCGCGUUAUCGAAAGAAUAGACCAGACAGAAUUCGAAGGCUUCGAAUAUGUGAAUCCACUGCUAAUGUCUCUCGAGGACUGCGUGUGACAAGAGACGUCGAGUGAGCAAGCGUCAGCGUGCAGUGAGGAGGAGCAUCUCGCGGUGGUGAUCCAGCAACAGCAUCACCAAUAUUACCAAUAUCAGCCCCAGUACUCGCUGCUGCCAGCCGACAACUGCUAUCAGCAACUGCUGCGCCAACACGAGGAGCAUCACCGUCAGCUCCACCAGAGCUACAUAAACGA